CCACGUCUGCGGUAGUUCCAUGUGGUUCAUGUCUGACAAUGGAACCCACAUAGAUACAGACGCCGAUUGGCUGCCAACUCUAGUGUGUACGAAUGGAGAGGUGAGUCGCCUUAAUUAUUCUUCGGCCAGCUGGAAUGUAGUUAUCGGUCAACAAGAUCUUCCCCUGGACGGGGAGGUCUGGUGGUACACUAAACCGACCCACUGCAGCGAGGAUCCCAUAUAUUCUCAGUUUGUUGACGGGUCACAAGCCGCUGGUUCUUUGUCUAAGCUGAUGACACUUGCCAAGAUGUCAGAACUGAGGGCCAACAUGAGGGACAGAGGCUACUCCUUUGUCUUGCAGAAUCAAAAGAUUUACAACAACGAACUGUUAUCCGCCCAAAGCAUUAAUCACAUAAGUCUGCGCUACACUCAAGAAUCUGUCAAGUUCAAUGAUGACCCCUACUACUCGUGGCUUGCUGUGUGGUCAACCAAUGGACGCAGAGAUGUGUCCAGGUGGUUCUUGGAGAACACAACCUUGCACAGACACAACAACGACUUCGUAUCCUUGGAUUGGUAUGGGGAUGAAUGCUGGCGGAAAGUGUUUUCAGCGGACAACUUUGGCUUCGCUGUCUAUGGGUCUUUGAAUGAACUGAUUCAAAUGAUCAAACUGGGCCACAGAGUGAGAAUGCACUUUGACGGAGUCACACUCAAAGCUAAUGGCAUCCGUGUAGUGGAUGGUCUGGUGGUUGCUCAGACUAUCGAAGAGUACGCUAGAAGAGGAACAUACCCAAACUACGACGCUCCUUUCUUUGACAACAAAGCUAAAGCAGUGUACAGACUGGUACACUCAACAGGAAUGGUGAAAACAUACAUGUACACCAUUGACGACUUCAAACUGGCUGGGAUGUCCCAGACAAAGUACGCGAUUGAUUGGCUGGUUGACACACGUCCUUGGAGAAAGAUUCUCCGUACUGACGCUCUUGGUGUAUCUACCGAUGGCAGUCCUCGCGACCUGGAGGAUGCCGUGUACCUGGGAUCUAGUGUGAGGCUGAACAUUGAGCAGGAUGAGCUUGCUGGGCAGUUCUUCACGGAAGCUGAUAAUGUCCGCGUUAGUUUCUUCACCAACGAGGUUUACGCCCAGGCCCUGAAACAUGUCAGCGAUGAGAAAGUUCAGUCUGUAGACGAGUACAGCCUACAGAAUGAUGUCUUCAGGUGGGCUCUGAUGGUCAGUUCCGGAGGCGUGGUUGCCAUGAACGCCAGACGUUUAGCUUCCAAGGCCCAUUUGUAUGACGCAGUGUCUCCUGCUACGAACGUCACCUGGUUUGUUAAUCGAUGA